AACUCAGCUUCCCAAAAUUGUGCUUGCUUACCAAUACUCCGCUAAGAAUGACAGUCCGUUUCUCAUGGCACUGCAUAGUAAACUGCUGGACUGUUCUAACAGCCCAGUUUCCGUGGGGGCACAAUUGUUUUGUCAUUUCAGUUCCUACUCCAUUCAUUCGUGCAAUGUAAAGAAAUAAGUGUCGUGCAAAUAACCUGACUUCUAAUAGAAAAAGUUAAAGCUGUAAAUUCAUCCUGGAGAAAUGUGUUGCUUACUUUAGCCUUCUUGUAGCAAAUGGGACAGUCUAACUUUUAACGGUGUUACUGGUUACUGCUCUACGCACCCUGGCGGUUCGGUUCGGUGUUUGCUUGAAGUCCACAGACUUGCAUAGAUGUAUGUAGUCUGUAGUUUGUAGGCCUAGUAUGGUUAGGCUACAUGGAUAAUCAAAAUCAAUUAAUUAAUUUGUCAUCUCUGAAUUAGAAAGUCUGAUAUUAGCAAUCUAUGUUCACAAAGCAUGCUUUUUACGGCGGUGAUAGCCAUUCCACAACGCUUGAAUACGGAGCAGUAGACUAUUAUUUCCGCACUGAAAACAUUCUUCUGAUUCUUUACACAAUCUUCAUGAAAAAUGAACACAGGCUGUGACUGACCAAUUCCGCGCGUCGCAGGAUGUGGUCCAACAACUGCUGAGUCUGAAAUGGAUCUGGCGCAUAUCCGCUGUUCCAGAGUCAGCUGGGCAUGAGACUGAAUGGGAGGGUUGAUUAAUUCAGAGAGAUGUAAAUAUGUAAAGAGAGCCUCGAGACAAAGGAUCGAUGGGGCGUCUCAAAGUAGACCAUGUUUUGUUGUUGUUUUUUUAUAUAGAGUUGGUUAGAUUUGAAUUUGAUACGGCGCUUUUCGUCAAGGGCGAAAACCAGCUCUGUGUCGCUUGAGACCUGUCAUAAACGUUAGGCGUAAUUUGCACCGACCAAACCGUGUGCUUUUCUGAGAUUGUAUGGUAUUGUUCACUAACUUAAUAUUUCGUGAUGGACUGUGCUGAAUACCAAGAGGAAACCCUGGAGAAGAAAGUCUGCAUCGUGGGAUCAGAACUCGUCGACAACUAUACCGUAUACAUAAUUGAAGUCAAUGUAGGAGACCAUAAGUGGAUUAUAAAACACCGCUACAGUGAUUUUCAUGAUUUGCAUGAAAAGCUCACUUCUGAGAAAAAAAUUGACAAACACCUGUUGCCACCAAAGAAGAUCAUAGGGAAAAACUCGAAAAGCCUGGUUGAAAAAAGGCAGAAAGAGCUUGAAGUGUAUCUACAGACCUUGCUUGUCCGUUUCCCUGUGGCUGCACCCAAAGUUCUGUCUUGUUUUCUGCAGUUUCAUGCUUAUGAAAUAAAUGGAAUUGCUGCAGCCCUGGCAGAGGAACUUUUUCACAAAGGCGAGCAACUGUUGGUAGCUGGUGAGGUGUUUUUGCUGCGGCCCUUGCAACUUUAUGCCAUCACUCAACAGCUGAGGCUUGCCAAGCCAACCUGUGCCAAUGGAGACGCCAAAGCAGACCUCGGUCAUAUAUUAGACUUUACCUGUAGGCUUAAAUAUCUUAAGAUUCCUGGAACAAAGGGAGUAGUGGGUACAAGCAAUAUUCAGGAGGACCGCCUUCCUUUUGACCUCUCUGUAUUUAAAUCGCUGCUUCAGAUUGAGAUCAGUAACUGUGACUCAGCUCAGAUAAAUGGGUUGCCUUCUUUGAAACCCACUUUGGCUACUCUAAGUGUCCACCACUCUACAACAUCAAUGAAGGAUAUAAUAGUUCCAGAAGCAACUGAGUUUGCCCAGUGGGUGCCAGAGGGAGUGGACACCAACUGUCCUGUGACGGCCAUCAUUCCUACUUGGAAAACAUUGACUACACUAGACAUGAGCCAUAACCUAAUCGCAUGCAUUGAUGAAUCUGUUAAAUUAAUCCCUCAAGUAGAAUUCUUAGACCUUAGUCACAAUGAACUAUCUCAUGUGGAAAAUCUUCAGCAUUUAUAUAACCUGAUUCAUCUGGACCUGUCCUACAACAAUUUGGCAGUUCUUGAAGCGGUUCACACUAAGCUUGGCAACAUUAAAACCCUCAAUCUGGCUGGAAAUCGGCUUGAAACACUUUCAGGUCUCAACAAACUGUACUCCUUGGUCAACUUGGACUUGAGCAACAACAAAUUAGCACAGAUUGAUGAGAUUAAGCCCAUAGGCACGCUCCCUUGUUUGGAGAAGCUGUCUUUGGUCAACAACCCAAUGUGCAUCAUCCCUGACUACAGAACAAAAGUCCUAGCCCAGUUCUGGGACCGAGCCUCAGAGGUUUGUCUGGAUCAUACUGCAACCACAGAAAAGGAACUGGACACGGUAGAGGUCCUGAAAGCCAUUCAAAAAGCCAAAGAAGCAAAAGACAGAAUGGCCAAUAAUGAUAAAAAGAUCAGUGAGGACCCCAGGCAGUCUGCCAGUGGUGGAGCCAUGCCCCUGCUGUCGCACCCUUCUUCUUCCUCCUCUAAUCUUGCUGCUCUUCCUGCACCUCAAUCUCCCACUCUCACCCACUCAGCCAGCUCCAGCCAAGAAAUAGUUAUAAAAGAAGAAGCCAUCGCUGACAAAAAAAUGUUGACUCCUGUGGAUUCUGUGCUUACCCAAACAUGCUGGAAAACCUCCUUUGAGAAAAUACCCCAGGUUACAACCCAACAACAUGACCCCUUUAUUUCUUGUGAAAUGUCCACGGAUCAGCAGUUGAAGUACAACACUAGCUGCUGCUGCUGUGCAGAAGACCUUAACCUUUGGACAGACAGACAGCAGACCCCUGUGUUGCCUUGCUGGCUCCUGUCCUACACAACUGCUAUCCCAGAGUUCAGUGAGCAGUUGUCUGCUCUCAUCAGCAAGGUCGCACAGGAGAAUGACCGAGACUCCACUGUCCCUGGAGAGGCCCUAAAUUCUGAACCCACUAACCAGGGAGCAGGCCAGUACUCAGGAGAUGGCUACUUUGAGAUGGGGCCAGACUGCAAUGAGGAUGGUUCUGCGCUGUCAUCCCCCCCUUCUUCUCCAUUACAGGCUGAGGAACAGGGGCCUGUGGAUAGAGAGGCCAACCAACACAUCAGUAAAAUGUUGUGGGCACACUGCGUACGGGUGGGAAAAGGCGUGAGUCAACAAGCCUGCUGUCUUGUUCUGACAGAGCGUCUAUUGACUGUUUUAUGCAUCCGCUGUGCUGAGCAGCCAGCCACUGUGACUGAGUUGCUGGAGGGCCUUGAGGUGGAAAUGGUUGUGCCAUACUCGAAUGUGGAAGCGCUGUGGUUCUGUGUCCCCGAUACUUGCCUUUCACUCAGGUUGAGCUCUAAUGCCACCCGCUGGCACUUCUUUGCAGAUAGUGGGGGCUUGAAGGAGGUACACAUGCAGAUGGGUGCUCUGCUCAAGAGCCUGGCAAAGCUAGAGCAGAAUGCGCCCAGCAGGCCGGUGUCUGUGACCCAGCUUCUCUGGCAGCAUCUCCACUCCUGGGAAUGGGAGGAAAGUGACGGGGCAGUUAAGGUAGGUCAUGCCGCUUAUCUGCUGGACCCUCAUGGCCCGGAGAGCCAACUACGACCCCAUGCUGACUUUCUCUCACACUGGUGUCCGUCUAAGUCUGUGGAGACUACUGAUGGAGUGGAAGAGGGCUUAGCCUCAGUGCCUUGCAUCCUCUUCCUCACACCCCGUCAUCUGUGUGUGCUGAAGGUGGACUUCCUGUCUCUGGUAGAGCAUGAUGGGCCUGAGGGCCAGGGUACACGUCUCUGCUCACGGCUUACCCGGGUGCCCCUGGCCGCAGUGCUGCUGAGUCCCAGACAAGGCUGCCCAGGCCAUAACUCGCUAGCGGUGCACCGCUUCCAUGACGGACACAUUCUGAAGCUUAUGGCUGGCUCCCAGCAGCUCACAACAGUCUUCAUCCUUCCCCAUGACAAAUUCCUGUUCUUGAGGCAGUUCAGCCAGUACCGUACUGGUUUGAAGGACAUUAAGACCGUGGCUUUCCUCCAGAGUAAGAGCUACUGCCACAGGAGGUCUGGUCAUCACUCACCACCCACCAAAGUCCCCCAAAAAGGGUACAGGAGCAGUGGUGUUCAAGGAAUACAGAAGCCUCUUCUGACCCUCUCAGUGCACUACCCUUCUGAGGCACUCAUACUGAAACUCUCUGAGGAGAAUCAGUGUCCACCACACCUGAACCUGUCCCCCUCUCUCCACUACCUCUCCAGUCUGAGGGGAGAUGAGCUGGUUGAAUUCUUCCAUAGCAGUAUUGCUGAGGUAGAGAAUGAGGAGCUAAAGCACAUUAUUUGGUCCUCCGUGCUGUUCUACAAGUCCCCUGAAAUGGAGAUGACUGCUUGUAUCAUGUUAUCUACCAAAGCCCUCUAUUUCAUACUUGAUGAUACGGCCUCCACUCUAAGUGACCAAGCACAUAUAUGGAGCUGGCAACCUUCUGAGAUUGCAGAAACAGAUUUCAUCAUCUCUUACUGCUUUGCCAUGAACCUCAAUGAUCUGCACAGCAUUAAUGUGGGCCUAUUUGACCAGUACUUCAGAGUGGUGGGUCAGUCAGCAGACCACAUCAUCAGCUGUCUGAGCAGGGACAGCUAUGGGACCCACCGUUUCCUGCAGCAGCUCAUGACUGUGCUCUCACUGUUGGAGAAGGUGCCCUCUCCUGAGCCUUCUGAGCAGGAUUUCUAUGCACAAUUCGGCAACAAAAGCACAGGUAAAAUGGAAAACUAUGAACUGGUCCACUCCAGUAAGGUUAAAUUUGUUUACCCUAGUGAGGAGGAGAUAGGUGACCUGACCUUUGUUGUGGCAGAACGGAAAGGUCCACAGGGUUCGCCCCCUCGUUCCUUUCACAUUCUACUAUACCUAUUGGUAUUUGAAGUUCAGCUCCAAGGACCCUCACAGCCCCCCCAGCCUCUCCUGUUGCCUAAGACGCUUAUCUUGACUGCAACUGAUAUUUUCUUGCUGGAGGAAGACCACAUCAGUUACCCACUGCCUCACUUUGCCAAGGAGCCACCACAACGUGAACGAUACCGGUUGGCCGAUGCACGGCGCAUUCGUGACUUGGACCGUGUGCUUAUGGGAUACCAGACUUACCCCCAGGCACUCACGUUGGUGUUCGAUGAUGUGCCUGCAGGGCCUGACCUGCUGUGCCACCUCACCAUGGACCACUUCUCUGAGCAGCCUGCUGCAGAGGGAGCAGUACGGACAACGAUUGCUGUAGGACCAGAUGAUGGAGAGGUGCAGUGGUGUGUGUUUGUGCCAGCGCCAGACAGCCGAGAGAGGCUGAUCUCGUUGCUGGCUCGCCAGUGGGAGGCACUGUGCAGCAGAGAGCUGCCAGUGGAACUGACUGGCUGAGCUGGUAGCUGAUUGCUACAGAACUGUUACUGCAGAACAUUGAGGGAUCCAAGUGCAAAGUGGACUGUGUUGGAGAUGCUGUACCCAAGUACCCUAAAAAAUAACUUUUUUAAGCAGAUGCGUGUUCUUAAAAACAUACAGUUGUUUAUUAACUUGAGCAGAUUCCACAGAUAUCAGUGUCCUACCCUUUCUCAAGCAUCCCCAUCACCACACCUGUACAAAAGACUAUUUUCACUCUCACCUCUUUCCUUGAUGCCAUUUGUAUCACAAAAGAUCGGAAUUUGCACAGAGUCCACCAGGGUCAAUUUUUGUCGUCGUUGUCUUUGGCUUCUUGCACAGCUUCAUUUUCUUCUUCUCUGCUUUCUGGUUAAGCAAAGCAUCAGAAUCAGUAUAAUAUAGUAAUGAUGCUAAGAUGUGUUCUCUCUUUGUGUGUGUGUGCGUGUGUGUGUGUAUGCAUGAGAGAGGGAUGGAAAUUUCUAUAAAUCAGUAUUAUAUUUUAUUCCAAAGUGAAUUUUUGGACAUAAGCAAUGGUUUAUGUAAGUUCUAAUUAAGUAUUGUGUAUGAUAUAUAAUUUGAAGUGUUUUAUUAGUUCUGGUAUUAUAAAUGCAGACACUGUACAUCUGUACAGUUUUUUUUUUUUUUAUAUAGUUAUGUUUUAAUCUCCUCAGUGGUUUACAAAAACAAUGCGUCUUAUUUUCCAGGGCUGUGAUGGUGGACACAUUCCCCAUUUACUUUAGGAAUUUUUAAUUAUGCACUUUAAACUGUAUAUAACUUAACCAUCACAGAAAAAAAUGUGACCUCCCUCUUCCUAUACAUAGUUCAUUUGUUUAUGAGCAUUCACCUUUGUUUCCAUUGCUUUUCUAUAUUUUGUCAUAAGCUAAAGGGAUUGUCACACUGUCCUUACACAUACUUUUUGCUGUCCCUGUUUUAUACCUAAAAGUAUGUGAAUAAAUGUGUUGAAGGAAAA